CGGUACUUCUCUGCAACUGAGAUGGCUCCCAAGGGUGAUGGCAUAGUUGAGUGGACCGACGAGCUUGAGAGUGCAUUCGUUGACAUUUUGGUCGAUAAAUUCCAAAGGACGCAUACAUCAAGUUGGAGAAUGAAGGACUGGGAAUAGAUAAGUAAGGAACUGGAAGAGAAAUUCCCAGGUGUGAUUCUUGGCGGCGACAAGGUCAAAACAAAAGCACAAAGGAUGAAGACACAGUACACACAAUUCACCGAGUUGAUUCAGCACACAGGAGUUGGUUGGGAUGGGCCGACUAACACCGUGAAAGCGAAUCCUGAUAUUUGGGACAAGUUUAUCAAGCGGAACAGUAACUUCAGGACUUUUCGGUCAAAAGGAUGUAAGCAUUAUGAGGCCUUGAAACUGAUAUACAAAACAUCGUCAGCAACAGGGGGACUACGAAUUUCAUCAACCGACCCACCUCAUAGCCCCCGAUCCUAUGAACGCAUAGAAGAGGAAUUUCUAGCAUUACGGAACAGCCGUGGCAAAGAGGCUAUCGAUCUUGCAGAGGGAUCCGGCGACAGUGAUGAUCCAAUUGAUGAAGCUGAGGAACCUGUCGUCACAGGGUCGCGGCGACGCGUGAGAAAGAGAGGUUCAAACAACAAGUCGCAGUUGCAGGAGUUGAUCGACUUGUACAAGGAAAGUAAGGUGAAGAAGGACAAAGCGAAAAAUUCUACCCCUCCGGAGUCAAAGAAGAGCAAGUCAGUGACGAGCCCAGAGAAACCAGCACAGAACAGCAUCGGAGAAGCCAUGGUAAUCCUCAAUCAAAUGAGGGGAACAAUUUCUGUACGGGAGUAUCUGGCCGGUACAGCACGUAUUACGGAGGAUGAACGAUGGCGACAGGCGUUUGUUUGGAUGUACGAAGAAGCUAGGCGCGAAUGGUUGCACAACCUUGUUCAUCCUUGAACAACCGACAUUUUAUGCUCAUAUGUGUUUGUUACUUUCGGUUUUUUCUGUUAUGACAUUAACCAGACCCUUGUUUUCCUUUACUGUUAUGUUUGAACAUGA